AGGCAGUUGCCAUAGCAACAUGUUGUCUUGUUCAACUGAGGAAGGCAGUUUGAUAAAGUUGUGCUGUUUGAGGUUCUAAAGAAAAACCGAGUUGGUUUUCAUAUCUUUAAGCUGUCGCAUCCCGACCUGAUCUCAUCCCUUUUUCUGGACUUGCAGCAGAACCGGGUUGAAGACAAACAUCUGAGACUGAGCAGGUAAAAACAGAUGGAGGCGUUCCCCAGGAGCAGCGGGGGCCUCUGGAACAACCCCAGACCCACCGGGAGCAGCAAAGACUCCCAGGACUGGAUGAGAAUGAUGAGGGAGGAGUCAAGGCUUACCAGCCUUCUAAACAACCACAGCAGAUGCUCAAAAAAAGGACUUGCAGUUCCUCAGAAGGCUUCCUUUCCUCUGGCUGAUCCUGCGGUGAAACGCCGGACUUUUAGGCCUCAGAGACGCACCGCCGAGUCAUGUCAGUCUGGAAACAGCUACGAGAGGGAGAAGUUCCGCCCUGGUCCCACACGGGACAUGGAAGCGGAAAAGAGGAGGCUUCAAAACAUUCUCGCAGCAGAAAAGGAGCCAACGGCUGCUUCUCCUCCAAAAACUCCAGAGGCUGAAAACCCCGGAGCGCCAGAGGAGCGCUUUGAGGAAGUGCUGCAUGAAAUAGAAGAUAGAAGACAAUUUCUGGCAGACAUGGAAGCUUUGGGUCAAGAGAGGGAGUACAUCAGCAUCAUCAACGCUGAGAUCUCACAGAAACUUCAAGAGCUGAAGAUGCUGCAGGAAAAGACCAGAAGCCCCAGUUUUUAGAUGCAAGCAUGAAAGGAGACCUCCAGCUCCUCUUGCACAGCAUCACACAGGUUCCUCGCUUGGGCUGCUCCAAUAAACGACUGAAUGCUGCAUCAGGA